UGUUGUGUUACACUGUGAAAUGUGUUAUGUUUAUGUAUAGUUCAUAAAAUCUGAAUUUAUUUAUGAAAUUACUUAUUUAUAUCACAGAAAAAUAAGGAAAUGAUCUGCCGUUUGUGCUUGUGUGAUACAGAAAAUUAUUUUGGGUUUUUUGAUUCUUAUGGUCUAAAUGUUUCCGCUGCUAGUAUUGUUAGUAAACAUUUUUGGUUCGAGCCUAAAAUAGACGAUUCCAUGUCAAUUUACAUAUGUGUAUCAUGUUGGGAAACAGUUAAACAUUUUAAUGAUCUCUUCAACACGGUUCAAAAAGCUCAUAAUAUAUUAAAUGAGAACGUUCUUUUGAUCAAAAGUGACCCUGGCGAAUCCGAGCUCUUAAAUAAUGACAACCCAACAAAUGAAAUUAUAUCUGAUAAUAAAGAUGCAGAGUUUGAUUGGGAUCGUCUAGAUUUUGACAAAAUUAAUUCUGAUUUUAAAACGGAAGCUAUUGAUGGUGAUGAAGUAGAAGAAAAAGUUAAGUUGUCCGUAUUGAAAAAAGUUGAACUUGAAUCUGAAAUCAAAACUGAAAAGGUGAGAUUACGAAAAAGGGGUCGAAAGCGAAAAAAAAAAUUAGUUCAAUUAACAUCAGACGAAGAAAAUGAAACACAGAAAACCUAUGAUAAUUUUGAUAGCGAAAGAGAAAAUGGACAAGUUAAUGACAAAAAUAAUUUUAAGUCUGAGGAAAAUGCUCCAACAAAUAAAUUAGCAGAAGAAGAUAAAAAAAUCGCUACUUUUAUGAAAAUGAUUUGCUCUGUAUGCCAAUCUGAAUGUCACAGUUUUUCAUCUCUGAGAUGGCAUUUCAAUACAAAACAUAAACAGAAAGGAUUCGCUAUCUGUUGCGAUAAAAAAUUUUUUAAAAGAAGUAAUUUAGUAGAUCAUGUUGAGAAACACAUAAAUCCUGAAAGUUUUAAGUGUAACUUAUGUAACAAAAUUUGUAUUUCACGUUGGACAUUGAAAUUGCACAUUUCUAGAGUUCAUGAAAAUUUAGAACCGGGACAUCAGUGUUCUUUUUGUGGAAAAUCUUUUAAAUUAAAAACUAUUCUAAAGCGGCAUCAAUUAAUACACAUGCCUGAAGAAGAAAAAAAAUUUAUUUGUAAUGAAUGCGGGAAAAAGUACCCUUCAAAAGGUACUCUUUCAAGUCAUAUUAGAAUAUAUCACGAUAGACGAUAUGCUGGAAUGUGUGACAUUUGCGGAAAAACCUAUAACAAUAAGGAAGACGUUCGACGGCAUCGUUUAGAAGUUCAUGAAGGUGUAGCUAAGGAAAGUGUUAAAUGCAAAAUUUGUUUCAAAGAAUUUGCAACAAAAUAUCAAUACAAUAUUCACAAAGUUGAAGAACAUGGAGAUCCUAAUCAAAAACCUGAAAACAGAUGCAAAUAUUGUGAUAAAAUUUCCGCAAACUCUGAAGCUCUUAAAAGACAUAUUCAAAAAGUACACAAAGCUAAAUUAAAAUUUUUCUGUAAUUUUUGUGAUAAAGUUUUUAAAACAGAUUUGUCUUUAAAGGAGCACGAGACUACACAUACAGGAGAACCUCUCUACGUCUGUCCACAUUGUCCUAGAACGUUUACUCAUAAUUCUAAUAUGCACCAUCAUCGAAAAAGAGCUCACCCAGUAGAAUUUGAACAAGCUCGUAAAAAAAAAAAUGAAAAAAAGGAGACGUGGCUGCAAAUUACUGCUUUCCAAAACUGAAAAACUAGAUUUUUUUAUUUUAAGACCACUGAUUUAUAAAUUAGUAA